UUUACUUUUAUAGGCGAGCGGGGGGCAGCGGGGGGGGGAGACAAGUCACGGUGCUGUCAUUUAAUUAGAUUAUGGCUAUGCUUUUUGGACUGCAGUGAUUGUUUCUUUGUUUAAGAGUCCGGGCCGCAUCCUUCUUGUUUGCUGGCUGUGUUUUUCCCCCCCGGGUGUCUCUGUCAUGUCGGGGAUGCAGCAGCUCAGGCUGCUGGUCAGCGAGCGGCUAACGGCGGCUGCAGAGGAAAUCUUCGGCCUCGUUGAGAGGACAAUAACGGAGUAUCAGGAAGAGGUGGUCCGCUCCAAGACAGAAAUCAUCCAGCUGAGGCAGCAGAUCGAACAGCUGACCGUCUUACAGCCCCGAGUGUCUUUGUUCAAAGGAGUUCCAGAGAAUCAAAUUCAGCUUCCAGUUGAGCAACAGAAGGAAAGUCAGGCGUGUCAGAAGGUUAAAGAGGAGCAGCUGGAUGUCUGCAUCAGCCCUGACCCGGAUACCGAUUCCUCAGAGGACGUGAAAGUUUUUCCUUACGGGUCGCAGACUACCCCUCGCAGCGACCCCGAGCUGUUUCCAAGCGUCAGCUCCAUCACCGUGACUCUGAACAGCGACGACGUGCACAACGAGUGGAAUGAGAAUCCCGGCGCAGAUCUGGCUUACUUCGGCCACAGUCACAGCGACGCUUCCUUUCUGCAGCAGGAACAAAUCCUGGAUAAGAAGUCCUGCCGUAUGUGCGGCGUGUCCUUCAUCAGAGACUGCGACCUGAUCAGGCACAUGGAGGAGGCCCACGCCGGACACAAGGCUUUUAAAUGCUUCGAGUGCCACAAGGAGUUCGCCCGCAGGGACAGCCUGGCUUUGCACAUGAGGGUCCACACGGGCGAGAAGCCGCACAGGUGCCCCUUCUGCGAGAAGACCUUCACCCAGACCUCCAACCUCAGGGUUCACAUGAGGAAGCACACGGGCGAGAAGCCGUACUUUUGCGACACCUGCGGCAAAAUGGUGGCGCACUCGUAUCACCUGAAGAUAUGCUCCAGACAGACCUCAUACACGACAGACGUCACCGGGGAGAGGGCGUUUCGCUGCUUCCGGUGUGGCAAAAAGUUUCACACGAUUUCAGACCUGAACGUGCACAUGAAGAUCCACGAAGCGAGAAAAUCGCACGCGCUUGUGCAGGUUUUCUCUUAAUUCGCUGUUUCGCUCUUCAUAAUGUCUAGACAUUGUUUAGAAUUGUGAAUGCUGAUUGGGAAUGAUUUUUUUUCCCUCACACACAUUAAAAAAA